AAACAAACAGCGCCAUUGCCAGUCUGCCUGCCUGUGCCUUUCAUCCCUUCUCGAGAUUCACAUCAAACGAACAGCGGGGCAACAUCAACAUGUCAGAAGUAUCACUCAAGGAUAGACCCGAGUUCGACCUCGACAACCAGGGCGAACAAAAGUACUGCUCCUUUUUGAGGAGUCUACCUGACCGACAGGAAAACUGUAUCCGCCUUUUUGAGAGGAGCUCAGGGGAUUUUUACAGCGUGCAUGGCGAAGAUGCGUUCUUUAUUGCCCAGAAUGUUUACAAAACGACCUCAGUCAUCAAGUAUCUCGGGGGCGACGUCAAGACUGGUGUUCCUAGCUGCACGCUGUCCAAAACAACAUGCGAGACCUUUCUUCGGGACGCUCUUUUGAACCGACAGAUGAGGGUCGAGAUCUGGGCUGCGGAGCCUCGUAAGCAGAAUGUGUGGUCCAUCAUCAAACGGGCAUCACCUGGAAAUUUACAAGACAUGGAGGAUCUCUUAUUCGCACACACAGAUAUGGCAGCUUCUCCUAUCGUUAUGGCUGUCAAAAUCAAGGCCGGAGGCGACCACAGGACUGUGGGCGUGUGCUUUGCAGAUGCCACCGUGAGAGAGCUCGGCAUCUCAGAGUUCAUCGACAAUGAUCUCUACUCUAACUUUGAGUCGCUUGUCAUUCAGCUCGGUGUCAAGGAAUGCCUGAUUCAGGCGGAUGAGGGACAGAAAGACUAUGAGCUUUCUAAGCUGCGGACGAUUCUUCAGCACUGUGAUAUUGUCAUUACGGAGAGAAAAAAAUCAGAUUUCGCCAUCAAAGACGUGGAACAGGAUUUCAAUCGACUACUGGAAGAGGACAUCUCGAUUGCAGCCUUGCCAGAGUUUGAGCUUAAGAACGCCAUGGCAGCUUCAGCAUGUGUAAUCAAAUAUUUAGCCCUCCUGACCGACGAGAGUAACUUUGGACAGUAUGCUCUUCGGAACCACGAUCUCUCGCAGUAUAUGAAACUGGAUGCUUCUGCAGUGCGGGCGCUCAAUCUGAUGCCUGGACCUCAAGACGGCGCCAACAAAUCAGUAAGUCUCUACGGACUGCUCAACAAGUGCAAAACUACUCAGGGUGGUCGCAUGCUUGGACAGUGGCUCAAGCAACCGCUCAUGGAUGUAGCAGCGAUCGAGAAACGGCAAACAACGGUGGAAGCAUUUACUCUAGACUCAGAAUUGAGACAGAACCUUCAAGAGACGCAUUUAAAGAUGAUCCCAGACUUGCACCGCCUAGCAAAGAGAUUUCAGCGUGGGGUUGCCUCAUUGCAGGAUGUAUUCAGGGCGUACCAGGUCGUCAUUCGGCUCCCAGGACUCGUGAGCACACUAGCGUCGUGUGAGACUGGAUCACCGGAACACAAGGAGAUACUCGAUUCCGAGUUUACGACACACUUUGAAGAGUACACCAACAAUUUGCAAAAGCUGCAGGAACUGGUAGAGACAACCAUCGAUCUGGAGGCCGUCGACAGGCAUGAAUAUCUGAUCAAGGCCGAAUUUGACCAGAGUUUGAAAGUUCUCCGGACCAAGAUGGAGACAGUCAAGCAGGCCAUGGAAAAGGAGCAUGAGCGUGUUGCAGACGAGUUGAACAUGGAAAUCGACAAGAAGCUGAAAAUGGAAGACCAUCAGGUCUAUGGAUGGAGCUUCCGCCUCUCUCGCAACGACUCCUCAUGCCUGCGAAACAAGAGUAGCUGUAUUGAGCUCACUACACAGAAGAACGGUGUUUUAUUUACGACAACAAAAAUGCGGGCUGCAUCUCAAUCGUUCAGCGAGGCCUCUCAGGAAUACGAACGGACACAGAGCUCUUUGGCCAAGGAGGUGAUUGGAAUCGUCUCCACGUAUUGCCCUGUGCUCGAGAAACUGAAUACGCUGGUCGCACAAUUGGACGUGCUCGUAAGCUUUGCACAUGUCUCAGUCCAUGCCCCAAUGCCAUAUGUCAAGCCCUGUAUGACCGCCAUGGGUACUGGGGAUGUAAUCCUGAAAGAAUCGAGGCAUCCUUGUCUGGAGGUCCAGGAUGAUGUGGCAUUCAUCCCCAAUGAUGUCAACCUUGUGCGAAACAAGGGCGAAUUCUUGAUUAUUACGGGACCCAAUAUGGGAGGCAAAUCUACCUACAUUCGCCAGAUCGGCGUCAUCUCUCUCAUGGCCCAAACUGGCUGCUUCGUACCGUGCGCAGAGGCAACGUUGUGUGUUUUUGAUUGCAUCCUAGCGCGAGUUGGAGCAGGCGACAGUCAGAUGAAAGGCGUCUCGACCUUUAUGGCUGAGAUGUUGGAGACAGCUAGCAUUCUCAAGUCUGCUACUGUGAAUUCACUCAUUGUCAUCGACGAACUCGGACGAGGUACUAGCACCUACGACGGCUUUGGUUUGGCCUGGGCUAUCUCAGAACACAUUGCCACCGAGAUCAAAUGCUUCUGUCUAUUCGCAACCCACUUCCAUGAGCUGACCUCGCUCGGAGAGACUGCACCCUACGUUGGCAACCUGCAUGUCACUGCACACGUUGGCGGUGGUGAGGAUGAGGAAGUAGAUGGCGCGAUGACUAGUAACAGCAGCCGCAACAGUAAGAGUCGUGAUAUCACACUGUUAUACAAGGUGGUCGAAGGCGUCUGCGACCAGAGCUUUGGAAUUCAUGUCGCGGAGCUAGCUCAGUUUCCGGACUCCGUAGUGCAGCUUGCGAAACGCAAGGCCAUUGAACUCGAAGACUUUUCAACUGCGCAUCAUUCUGCAUCAGGGGCAGCGAAAAGCGGAGAAACGGCUUCUUUGCACAAGAGAGCCAAGUCAGAGGAUAUUGAGGUAAGACACACGCACAUACACACACAAAAAGAGCUCUACCAUCCGACAACAGGUACUCCUAAUACAACAACACCACUGGCCAAUGACAUAAGUGUUUGAGUACGCAUUGGAAUCAAAGGAGAGGACGCAUUUGUUUUUCGAGAUGGUCAAAGAAAAUCGGUCAACGUAGGAGGGUGGCAAUAC